AUGGUUGUGGGACUAGUACUCCUGUGUUUCUGGGCUGGUGCCAUUGAAGCUGAAUUCAAGAAAUACAAAGAUCCAAAACAGCCAUUGAAUGUUAGAAUCAAUGACCUAUUGAGUAGAAUGACACUUGAGGAGAAAAUUGGCCAGAUGACACAGAUUGAACGCAAGGUUACGACUGGAGAUGUCAUGAAGAAGUACUUUAUUGGAAGUGUUGUGAGUGGUGGAGGAAGUUGGCCAGCUCCAAGGGCUUCUGCUGAGACUUGGAUCAAUAUGGUGAAUGAAUUUCAAGAGGCCGCUCUUUCAACCCGUCUAGGAAUUCCUAUGAUUUAUGGGAUCGAUGCCGUUCAUGGCCAGAGCAAUGUCUAUAAUGCCACAAUUUUCCCUCACAAUGUUGGUCUUGGAGUUACUAGGGAUCCAGAACUUGUUAAGAAGAUAGGAGCAGCUACUGCUCUUGAAGUCAGAGCAACAGGCAUUCCUUAUGCUUUUGCUCCUUGUGUUGCGGUCUGUAGGGACCCGAGAUGGGGUCGCUGCUAUGAGAGUUAUAGUGAAGAUCAUAAGAUCGUUCAAUCGAUGACCGAGAUAAUACCUGGUUUGCAAGGAGAUGUCCCAGCCGAUUAUCCAAGAAAUUUUCCAUUUGUGAAUGGGAGGACAAGAGUUGCUGGUUGUGCUAAGCAUUUUGUGGGAGAUGGUGGCACGAUUAAUGGUAUCAACGAGAAUAACACAAUUAUUGACUGGAACGGAUUAAUCAGCAUCCACAUGCCUGCAUAUCUCGACUCCAUUAGGAAAGGUGUGGCAACGGUGAUGGUUUCAUACUCCAGCUGGAAUGGAAAAAAGAUGCAUGCCAAUCAUGAGCUUCUCACUGGAUACCUUAAGAAUAAGCUCAAAUUCAAAGGUUUCGUCAUAUCAGAUAUGUGGGGCAUUGAUCGUAUAACCACACCAUCCCGUGCUAACUAUACUUACUCUGUUCAAGCCGGGAUCCUUGCUGGAAUUGAUAUGGUUAUGGUUCCAGAGACGUAUAUCGAGUUCAUUGAUGACUUGACUUUACUGGUGAAGAAGAAUGUGAUUCCCAUGAGCAGAAUUGAUGAUGCUGUGAGGAGGAUUUUGAGGGUCAAAUUUAUUAUGGGACUUUUCGAGAAUCCAAUGGCUGAUCUCAGCUUUGUUGAUCAAUUAGGAAGCCAGGAGCAUAGAGAAUUAGCGAGAGAAGCUGUGAGGAAAUCACUCGUACUUCUCAAGAACGGUAAAAAUAGUGAUGAGCCGUUGCUUCCCCUUCCAAAGAGAACUCGAAAGAUACUUGUGGCAGGAAGUCAUGCCAAUGACAUUGGUAACCAAUGUGGAGGAUGGACGAUAGAAUGGAAUGGUCUCUCCGGCAACAUUACAGUUGGUACCACAAUCUUGGAUGCUGUGAAAAACACGGUCGAUCCUUUUACCGAAGUAGUAUACAACGAUAAUCCCAAUGCAGAAUUUGUGAAAUCCGAAAACUUUGAUUUUGCCGUUGUAGCCAUAGGUGAACUUCCCUACGUAGAAACACGUGGUGAUAGCAAGACACUGACAGUAGCUGAACCUGGCUAUAGCACACUAACUAAUGUCUGUGAAUCUGUGAAAUGUGUCGUGAUUAUCGUGUCUGGUCGCCCAGUGGUAAUCGAACCGUACCUUGAGAAAAUAGAUGCAUUGGUUGCUUCUUGGCUCCCCGGGACAGAAGGCCAAGGCAUUGCUGAUGUUCUGUUUGGCGACUAUGGUUUUACUGGCAAGCUUGCGCGGACUUGGUUCAGAAGAGUCGAUCAGCUUCCAAUGAACGUCGGUGAUCCACAUUACGAUCCUCUCUUUCCGUUUGGAUUCGGACUCGAAACGACACCGAGGGAACUGAAAGCAGCCCAGUGA